AUUAAUUUGUGUGUAAGAAAGUGAAAUCAUCUCAGGUGCUAAUUGAUGCAGAAACUUUGCUAAAACAUCUAAACACUAAUCCAUCUUACCACUUUGACUUGCAUCACUUUAUUUCAGCAAGCUUAUUGGUAGUCGGACCGUUCAUUCCAAUGGUACCAAAAAUGAAGCUCGUUGUUCUUCUGGGUAUAUCAGCAAUAUGUUUUGAAGCCCCUGGAGUUCUUAGCCAAGCACGAAUCGGAGGUGGAGGUCUUCCUUUCCUGAUGAUGGAUGGCGGAGGCAAUGAAUUUAUUGAUGGAGUACGUCGUAGUGGUCGAGAACGCCAUUUGACUGGUGAGAGUAGAGGAUCGUCCAUGGGAGUUGGAAGUGGUGGUGGGGUAGGAUCUCAUAUCACUGGCGGAAGUGGAGGAUCAUAUAUGGGUGGAAGAAGUGAUCUAGGUACCGAGAGUGGAAGAUUAUAUAUGGAUAGAGGAGGAAGAGGUGGAGGACUAGGAUCGCUUGUGACUGGCGAGAGUAGAAGAUCACAUAUGGGAAGAGGAAGUGGUGAUGGUGGGACAGGACCUCAUAUGGCUGGCGGGAGUGGAGGAUCAUAUAUGGAUAGUAGAGUAGGUGGCCCGUAUACCGGAAGUGGUGUAGGUGGUCAUGACGGAAGAUUUUCACCUGCAGGUUACAGCAGUGACGGCAGAUUUGGUGUUUCCGGUUUUAGAGUAGCCGGUAGUGGUCAUACAUCGGAAUCACGGUCAUCUGGUGGCCGUGGUGGCGGUGGCAGUGGAGGAAGAAGAACAGGGCGUGGACAAAGAAGACGAGGCGGACAUGGUCAAAGAGGCGGUCCGCCACGCGAAGGAUACAUAGGUGCACGAGGUGGUGAAAACUAUUUCCCUGUUCAUGGCGGUUAUUGUCCCGAGGAACCGUGCGCUGAUGGAGGUCGAUCAGCUGGUGUGGGCAAUGGUAUUGGAACGGGAACUCUAGCAUUGAUGAUGGAAAGGAUAAGAACUGGUACCAACGAAGACAUUAGAACGUAUGAAAUGGAAACCUUAGGGGGACAUGCAGGUAUGGGUGGACAUAUGGGCGGAAUGGGAGGUGGAAUGCCGGGUAUGGGUGGACAUAUGGGCGGUGGAAUGCCGGGGAUUGAUGGAUAUAUGGGCGGUGGAAUGCCGGGGAUGGGUGGACAUAUGGGAAUGUCUAGCAUUGGUGGAGGUGGAAUGUUAAGCUUGGGUGGUCCAAUGGGAGGUCGUAUGCCUGAAAUGGGUGGUCCAAUGAUCUAUUAGGUUUCAAGGUUUUCUUUAAGAUAUAUGACAAUGUUAGCAAAUAAAUUUGUAUGCGAUAAAAUUUGUGAGCAAAACCAAAAGCAUUAUUCAUGUAUUAAAAAGAAAAUACAUUUUUUGAAAGACAAAAAUAACAACGUUGACUACAACCAAACAGGUGCUUAAUUUUUAAUUUUUUAAGACAGUAUUAUGUAUAAAACUGCAUUUGCAUUACGUGCUAGUUGUGUGAGACUUCUGUUUCUUACUAUAUUCAUACGUCCUAUGACCACAUUCAAUAUUUUUAUACCCCCGAAGGUGGGCAUAUUAAAAUCGCACUGUCCGUCCGUCCGUCCGUGCGUGCGUCCGUCCGUCCGUGCGUCUCGUUAAUUCUUGUCCGGGCUGUAACUCUUUUAUCCUUCAGGGGAUUUUGAAGUUACUUGGCUUAAAUGUUCACCAUAAUGAGACAACGUGUCAUGCGCAAGACCCAGACCCGUAGCUCCAAGGUCAAGGUCACACUUAAGAGGUUAAAGGUUAUCAUGGUCUGCUUCGUGUCCAGUCCAUAACUCCAUGUCAUCCAUGAAGGGAUUUUCAAAUAACUUGGCAUAAAUGUUUACCAUAAUGAGACGACGUGUCAUGCGCAAGAUCCAGACCCCUACUUCCAAGGUCAAGGUCACACUUAGAAGUCAAAGGUUAAUAGGGUCUGUUUCGUGUCCGGUCCAUUACUCUGCCAUUCAUCAAGGAAUUUUGAAAUUUCUUGGCAUAAAUUUUCCUCAUAAUGAGACGACGUGUCAUGCGCAAGAUCCAGACCCAUAGCUCUAAGGUCAAGGUCACACUUAGAGGUUAAAGGUUAACAGGGUUUGUUGCUUGUACGGUCCACAACUCUGCCAUAGAAAAAGGGAUUUUGAAAUUACUUGGCAUAAAUGUUCCCUAUAAUGAGAUGAGGUGUCAUGCACAAGACCCAGACCCCUAGCUCCAAGGUCAAGGUCACACUGAGAAGUCAAAGGUUUUUCUUGUCUGGUUCAUAACUCUGCCAUUUAUCAGGGGAUUUGAAAAUAAUUUUAAAUAAAUGUUAACUAUAUUGAGAAUGUCUGUCUCUUAGGUCAAGGUCACGAAAUGAUUUGUGAUUUUUUACAGCUGUAUCAUUUUUGGGCAUGUUUCGGGGGCAUUUGUCACCAAUAGAGACAGCUCUUGUUAUCAAAAAAGUUUACUAAUCGUUUGCAUUUUGUUUGUCAAUGCUUUAUUUCGGACAAAUAAUAAAAACUGUGGUGAACACUU